AAAUUACACCUACAAAUAUAAACUGAUUGACUUUCAAAUAGAGAAACUGAUAUUAAAACCACUAAAAAUAAAAAUAAAAAGUAAUAAAAAUAAAAAGAAAGCUUAACAGAAAAUCGUAUGUGAUGGAAGGAAGAAAAAAACCUGUAGGCAUCAAAAAGAAUAUUCCUUGAGAAUUUAGCCUAUUAAUAACGUAAAGCCGACUCCAAACCUCCUCUUCUUCUUAAACACAACUCAACACCCAACAACAACAACAACACAACCACCACCAUAACAAAAAUCAAAUACUAUGACUUACAGCCAAACACUCGGACACAACAACAACAACAAUAACGACAACAAGUACCAGAUCUGCGAAGAGAUCGGUCGUGGACGCUUCGGUACCGUCACGCGCGUCUACGCUCCGGCCACCGGAGACUUCUACGCCUGCAAAACCAUCGAGAAGAGCUCUUUAACAGACGAUCUCGACCGUGCCUGCAUCGACAACGAGCCGAAACUCAUGGCUCUCUUGUCGUUUCACCCCAACAUCGUCCAAAUCCACGAUCUGGUCGACACGGACUCGACCCUCUCCAUCUACAUGGAGCUGGUCGAUCCCUCCGUCUCGAUCUACGACCGUUUAGUUUCCUCCGGGACCUUCUCCGAGUCCCAAACGGCGUCGUUCGCGAAACAGAUCCUCCAGGGGCUCGCGCAUUGCCACCGAUACGGCGUCGUUCACAGGGACAUUAAACCGGAGAAUAUUCUCGUGGAUUUGCGUAACGAUACGGUUAAGAUCUGCGAUUUCGGGUCUGGGGUUUGGUUGGGUGAGGGCGAGACUACCGAAGGUGUGGUGGGGACGCCUUAUUACGUGGCGCCCGAGGUUCUGAUGGGGUACUCGUACGGAGAGAAGGUUGAUCUGUGGAGUGUUGGAGUUGUUUUGUACACGAUGCUCGCUGGAUCUCCGCCUUUUUACGGGGAGACGGCGGAGGAGAUUUUCGAGGCGGUGCUCAGAGGGAAUCUGAGGUUUCCGCCGAAGGUGUUCAGGGGAGUUUCGUCGAUGGCUAAAGAUUUCUUGAGGAAGAUGAUUUGUAAAGAUGCUUCUCGAAGAUUCUCAGCCGAACAAGCUCUCCGACACCCUUGGAUCCAGAGAGCAGGAGAAGCAGAGGAGAGAUUCAUCUGAAAAAAGUGUUUGGAAUGGAGAUUCGGAUAUAAUAAAAUGAAAAGAUGAGGCGAAUAAAUAAAGUAGUUACGGAUUAGUAAUAAAAUCAUCAGUAGUGCUUAUCAGCUUUCUUGGUCUAACAGGUGUUUGUGUCAGUGUCGGCAUGUAAAUUUUGGGUAUGGCUUUGUAAACUCCGCUUUCUAGACAGAAGACUCUUCUGGAAGAAGGCAUAAAAAAAAAGGAGCUAAAUAAAAAGAGGUUGAUGCCAAAGCUGGGAUGGCUUCUUCGUCUGAGUAGUGUUUGGCGAUGAGUUUUUUUUUUAAAUUUCUUUUCGCUGAUAAGUCUUUAGCUAAUGUGUAGGGUAUAACCAUAUUUUCCGCCUUUUACGGGUUUUUUAAUCCUUCUGGGAUGUGUAAAAGGACGAGAGAAGAGUUGUACUCUCUUUUUUUUUGCUUUAUCAAUAAAAUAAGCUGUUAUGUUCAUUUUACUUAUUUGAAUUCUUUUUUUUUUGUAA